AUGGAUCUUGCGGCUUUGAAUGAGACCGUCAACGACGCUGCCGGAAAAGCCCAGAAGAACGAAGGUCUUUCUACUCAGUCAUUCUUGAUCUCUUUGGCUGUUUCUGGGAGCAUAUUCAUACCAGUCGUGUAUAUCUUCACGUUUCUGAAAGAUAUUGAUCACAAGCUUUUCCAACCAGGAUGUUUAGCGGAUCCUGAUCUCUCGCCAUUGCCCAAGGGCAGAACUCUUUGGGUUAAGCAAUUAUGGGAAUUUAUGAAAGAUGAUACGAAACUCACCGGUAGACUUUCAUUGGACUGUCGCUUCUUUCUGCGCCUACUACAGGUGGCCGUGAGGCUCUUCGUGCCGAUAGCUGUUAUUAUUCUUCCCAUACUGCUUCCGGUGAAUUACACUGCUAAUAACAUAAAUGUUGGAGGCCUUGAUAAAUUCAGCAUAUCAAACAUCCAAAAAGAGCAGCACAUAAGAUGGUGGAUCACAAUUUUCGCUGCAACCUUGGCCAAUAUCCAUAUCUGGCGUCUUCUACUUGUGGAAUUUAGAUUAGUUGUGAAGGCAAGGCAGAACUACUUUCAUGAAUAUUUCUCAGCUCAAAGAGCAGCUACAAUAGUGGUUACCAAUAUCCCACCGGGAACGUGGAAUGGCGAAACUUUGAGACAGAUCUAUUCGGCCUUUAAUGGAGGGCCAGUGGAUGUAAUCCUGCCGCAGCAGGAAGUCUGCGAUAGCAAGGAACUCGAGCUUAGAACCCUUCUCCGAGACCUUGAUACAAUGAUGCGAGUACGCCCACAUAUAUCUAGGAAAAGGGUCGUUCCCUCAAGCACUAAACUCAUAGCUUAUUUUCGAGAGAAAGCCCUUCUUGAAUGCAAAAUUCACAAUCUGCGAAGAGACAUUGAAAGAAUUAAGAGUAUUGCACUACUUCACUUCUCAGACUUGUUCACAGCUCAUCUGCUGCUGCAAGCAAGAGCAUCUUCAAUACCAUUGGAACUAGAAGCACAUGAUACUGACUUAAAAACCUUGGAUCCUGUCCUUUACUACGGCAAACUUUCCAGAACUCUGCGGAGUAUCAGUAUCCUCGUGACCCUAAAUGUUUUGGCCAUAUUUUGGGCAAUCCCAAUAUCCUUGACGGGACUUUUGUCACAGCUUGUUUACUUGGAUUCAAUUGGCUCGCGUUUGCAUAACCUGUCAGACAAAGAACUAGGUGCUAUUCAAGGGUUGGCUCCUCAAUUGGCAGCAUCCAUCCUUAUGUACUGUUUUCCGGUCGUUCUUCAGUUUCUGAUGAAAUACUAUAUUGCAUUCGAGCGUCCAGCUGUCGAGGUCUUGCUACAAAGACAUUACUUUUUAUUUCUUUACACUCAGCUUUUUAUUGUAGUUUCAAUAUCUUCUGGCGUAACAACUAUGAUCCCUGAGAUUGCCAACAACGUUCAAUCGGUACCGGCAUUGUUGGCCAAGAAUUUGCCCAAGUCGGGAAAUUACUUCUAUUCCUACUUCUUAUUGCAAACUGUCACACAAACUGCUUUGAUAUUACUCCGACUACCUGACAGCCUUUGGAUGUGUUUAAGACGAGGUGGAAAAAAGCAUACCUUAAAAGAGGUGCGAUGGAGCCUACUCUAUCCCGUUUUCACAAACCUUAUCUGUAUAGGUAUUAUCUAUUCUAUAAUCUCCCCCCUUAUAGCACUGAUUGGAACCAUGGCGUUCGGAAUUUUUCUGAUAACACAUGCCUAUCAAUCAAUUUACAUACUAGAAGCAAAUGAGGACACCGCAGGCUUGUUAUACUGGGAAGCACUGAAUCAACUAUUUGUCGGUGUAUAUACGAUGGACCUUUUCCUCAUUGGCCUUUUUAUUUUGCGAAAUGCUUUAGGACCCAUGAUUGUUGCUAUUAUCCUACUUGCCACGUCUGCACUAGUACAGAAUUAUAUUCGGACAAAGCUGCAUCCCCUUAUCAAGUUUGUUUCUGCCAGCAAAAAUGAAUUCGGUAAGGGUAGGACAAUCAGGUCAUAUUCUGUCCUGGCUGUAUACACUUGCUUGGCUUAUUUGGAAGGAAUUAAUGCUAAAUAG